AUGGACGACAAGGAUAAGAUACGGAAGAUGUUCAGUUGGAGCACGAGUCUCACAGAAGGGAACGAAGAAUCCGGCGGCGUUAAGGCGACGAUGACGUCCGGCGUGGGCAGUUCUCCGGACGUGGUGGCCAUGGAGCCCCGGAACGGCGGCGGUAGCGUCAGCGUGGGAUUAGCGGACGGCGGCGGAGGAAUCGUCAACCCCGCUUUUCAACCGCCUUCGUUGCUCAGCCAACAAAGCACCGUGUGGACGCGCCGCCAGCAGGCCGUUUGCGUCCGACACGCGUUCAAACACUACGGUUCAGCGAGCAAGCCAAACCACGUGCUCAGCAACCUCAACAUGACGGUCGCUAAGGGCACAAUAUAUGGACUUCUGGGAGCUAGUGGUUGCGGUAAGACGACAUUGCUCAGUUGCAUUGUUGGCCGGAGGCGACUAAACACUGGACAGAUAUUUGUGCUUGGAGGAAAGCCCGGAACAAAAGGAAGCGGUGUGCCCGGAAAACGCGUUGGAUACAUGCCUCAGGAAAUAGCUCUGUAUGGAGAGUUUUCCAUCAAAGAGACAAUGAUGUAUUUUGGUUGGAUAUUUGGUAUGGAAACGUCGGAAAUUAAUGACCGACUUCAAUUCCUUUUGAACUUCUUAGAUUUGCCCAGCCAGUCUAGAUUGGUAAAAAAUCUCAGUGGUGGUCAACAAAGAAGAGUUUCAUUCGCGGUGGCUCUUAUGCACGAUCCAGAACUCUUGAUUUUAGACGAACCUACGGUCGGUGUAGACCCGUUACUCCGUCAAAGUAUUUGGAAUCAUCUGGUUCAGAUCACAAAAGAUGGACACAAAACAGUUAUCAUCACUACACAUUAUAUCGAGGAGGCUCGGCAAGCGCACACUAUCGGUUUAAUGAGAAGCGGAAGGUUAUUGGCCGAAGAAUCACCACGUGCAUUGCUGUCUAUGUAUCACUGUCAGUCAUUAGAGGAAGUGUUUUUAAAACUGAGUAGAAAACAAGGAACGGACGGACAACCGCAGGAAACGCCAGUCAACAUAUCGAAUAACAUUUCACUCGCUACAUUGAACUGGGGUAAGAAGGACGAACCUGUUUACGUAACUGAAGAGAGCGGUGUAGUAGGCUUGAACUUCCACCAAUCAAAGGAGGUGCUUGCGCAAGAGCAGUCAAAUGGUAUUAAUGGUAAAUUGGCCGAGAUGCAAAUGAUGGAGCCACAAUACGACUCUAGUUGUUGUGAAAUCACUACUCGAGGAAAAACAAAGGCACUGUUGCAAAAGAACUUUUUGAGAAUGUGGAGAAACGUUGGAGUGAUGUUAUUCAUAUUUGCAUUGCCAGUGAUGCAAGUCAUACUUUUCUGUUUGGCCAUCGGUAGAGAUCCAACAGGCUUACAUUUGGCUGUCGUCAACAAGGAAAUGAACUGGGAAACAAAGGAGUGUCCUAUUUAUGAUAACUGUACACUUGAAAUGUUUUCGUGUAGGUACUUAAAUGCCUUACCAAAAGACACUGUAAUAUUAGACUAUUAUGACAGCCCCGAGACAGCCAUAAACGCUGUUAAGGUGGGCGACGCCUGGGGAGCUCUUUACUUCACUGAAAACUUUACCGACGCACUCGUCGCACGAAUGGCGUUGGGCAGAGAAUCUGACGAAGAAACAUUGGACCAGAGUGAAGUGCGCGUGUGGCUUGACAUGUCGAACCAGCAGAUCGGUUUGAUGUUGAACAGAGACUUGCAAUUGUCUUACAGAGACUUUGGACAAGGAUUGCUGUCGAGCUGUGAGCAAAAUCCCAAACUCGCCGACAUUCCGAUUCAGUUCAAGGAACCAAUAUACGGCAGUAGUGAUCCCAGUUUCACGGAUUUCGUAGCGCCAGGAGUUAUUUUAACAAUCGUUUUCUUCUUGGCUGUCGCACUUACGUCUUCGGCGCUGAUCAUCGAGCGGACCGAGGGUCUGCUGGACAGAAGUUGGGUUGCCGGUGUAACGCCGUUAGAAAUAUUGUUCUCCCAUGUCAUUACGCAGUUCGUUGUCAUGUGUGGACAGACGGCACUUGUACUCAUAUUCAUGAUUAUUGUAUUCGGCGUGGAAUGCAAAGGAGACAUUACUCUUGUGAUUACCCUCACGAUAUUGCAGGGUCUGUGCGGCAUGUGCUUCGGUUUCGUAAUAUCAGCCAUUUGUGAACUGGAAAGAAACGCUAUCCAGUUGGCCCUGGGAAGCUUUUACCCGACACUUCUGCUCAGUGGCGUCAUCUGGCCGGUGGAGGGCAUGCCCAUCCUAUUGAGGUACGUUAGCUACUGUCUGCCGCUGACCAUGGCCACGACGUCGCUGCGGAGCAUACUGACCCGUGGCUGGAACCUGCUGGAACCCGACGUGUACUUGGGCUUCGUGUCCACGAUCUCGUGGAUAGUGUUGUUCCUGUCCAUCAGUAUGGCCGUGCUCAAGUUCAAGCGCGGCUGA